CGUCAACCCACAGUCAUUCCCGCUACCUUGUCACAGCAAGUCAUGACAAGCAAAAAAAAGACACAAAUAAGUAGAAUUCAGGGGACGAGUGGCCUUUUCCGCCUUUUUUUCACUUUGCUCACUGAAGUCGAUGUUUUCCUGAUGACUCACUGGCGUAUGGUGCACGGAAAAAUUUCUCGUUCAUACUUCCGUCCUGUUCAUGAAGGUAUCCUGGACGUGAUGAAGAAAGUCGAAGCAGACCGCUAUCAUGAAUCGAAAUGCUGUGGCUUUAGGCGUCAGUGGGCAGGGGCCGCUAGUGCCAAGACGGAGCGGCUGAAGACUCGUGCUGUCACUUUCGAAGUUGUACUUGUAUAUAAGUGGUGUCGGACCCCUCGUUCCAAGAAGGCUCGCGCUGUUACCUUUACUCGUCUGUCUCGCGUCUUCAUCUUUCAUUCAUCCAUGCUUAUUUUCCAUAGAAUCACGCAUUUCUAUUGCAGCUCAUAUCAUUACUCCAUGUUGAACGACACGUUAUGACUAAUGCUAUAUGAUAUUAACCCUGAUUGAACUUGUCCUUACUGUGAGGCUGUCCGUCCACGGCCCACCUGUCCUGCAUUACCCCUGCACUGUCCCUGCAUUGUCCCGCACCAUUCUAGCUCUGUUAAGCUCAGUCACAGUUCUGUCCCAGGUCUGGGACAGGCCACCCCUAUUUUGCUGAUGCAGUGCAUGGAGUUGCAACAUCUAAGACGUCA